GCUACAACGUGUUUUUGUCGCUGGCUGUCCAGACGGAAGGUGCUGAAACGCUUUGUCGCGUGUCUGGAAGAAGUGAAAACUUUCCUGGGCAGCAAAGGGCUCACCUUUCCUGAGCUGGAACAGCCAGAGUGGCUGGAAAAGCUACACUUCAUGGUAGACAUGACAGCGCACCUGAACACGCUGAACACAGCUCUUCAGGGGAAAGGACGUACAGCCCUGCACAUGUUGGAGGAUGUUUUGGCAUUCGAGCGCAAGUUGACAGUGCUUGCCAGAGAUUUACAGAAAGGCACUUUGUCUCACUUCCCCAAUUUGAGAGAGUUCAAACAAGGUCACGACUUGAUAAUUUCGGAGUAUUUACAUUCUGCAAUCAUCGCAAUGCAAACAUCGUUUGGGAAACGCUUCUGUGAGCUCAGAGAGGAAAAAAACACAUUAUCCUUCCCGGUCACUCCCUUAAGCAUCGAUCCUUCCCUACUGAAUACGACUGCAUUGGCAGGUGUGAGUCAACCUGAUCUUGAGAUGGAACUGGCCGACAUAGCCGACAAAGACAUAUGGGUGUCCAAGUUUAGACGCUUGACAGCAGACCUUGAAGAUGUUGCCCAUCAGAAGGCCGUUCUUGCUCAGAAACACAAAUGGAGUGAUAUUGAAAACCUCACAGAUGACAGCUUGCAAUCCUGUGUAAAGAUGAAGGUGACAUCAUACAGCCCUGAUGUGCAGACGCUGUGCGCUGAGGUCCAGGAGCAGAAAUCCCAUUAACCAAGAUGACAGCUGGCUGACGUUAUUUUUGGUUUGCUGCUGGCGGAAAAUUUAAGUUCGGCGUUUUUCAUAAAUACAAGAAGGACUCAAAUAGACAUUGAAUAUUUUACUUAAAAGUAACUUUCAAC